ACCAUGAUAAAAACCUCAUAUACCUUCUACAAGCGCAUGUGCGCAAACUUUAAGAAAACCAGAAAAAAGAAAAAGAAAAAAGAAAAACCAAAAAACGCGUUUCAGCUUUCAAUCCGAACUCGUUCCUGAACUCACCGAGUCAAACCAGCCCCAAACUCGCCCAAUGGAGAUCGCCGCAGCACCUUCACCAAACGACGACACUAGCAGUAACGACGCUAUAAGGCCGUCAUCUUCAUCUUUAUCCUCGUCGUCAAUUUCGUCGAAAAAUCGUGAGGAGAGUAAUUGUAGUGGAGGAGCGACGGCGGCGACUUCGGCGGCAAGGUACGAGGAUGACGAUGAGGAGGAGGAGGAUGUGUGCCGGAUCUGCAGGAAUCCGGGAGAUGCUGAGAAUCCAUUAAGAUAUCCCUGUGCUUGUAGCGGAAGUAUCAAGUUUGUGCACCAAGAUUGUCUUUUACAGUGGUUAAAUCAUAGUAAUGCUCGUCAAUGCGAGGUCUGCAAGCAUGCAUUCUCUUUCUCUCCUGUUUAUGCUGAGAAUGCACCAACAAGGCUUCCUUUUCAGGAGUUUGUAGUUGGAAUGGCAAUGAAGGCUUGUCAUGUUCUGCAAUUCUUUUUGCGUCUUAGUUUUGUACUUUCUGUUUGGCUACUCAUUAUUCCCUUCAUAACAUUCUGGAUAUGGCGUCUGGCUUUCGUGAGGAGUUUUGGGGAAGCACAGAGAUUAUUUUUAAGUCAUAUAUCUACAACAGUUAUCCUUACUGAUUGUCUUCAUGGCUUCCUGCUUUCUGCAAGCAUUGUUUUCAUUUUUCUUGGGGCUACUUCAUUGAGAGAUUACUUUAGGCAUUUAAGAGAGCUUGGAGGUCAAGAUGCUGAAAGAGAGGAUGAAGGUGAUAGAAAUGGUGCCCGUGCUGCCAGACGACCACAAGGACAAGCUAAUAAUAGAAAUUUUGCUGGUGAGGCAAAUGCUGAAGAUGCGGGUGGAGGACAAGGAAUUGCUGGGGCUGGCCAAAUAAUCAGAAGGAAUGCUGAAAAUGUUGCUGCUCGGUGGGAGAUGCAGGCAGCUCGUCUUGAGGCUCAUGUUGAACAGAUGUUUGAUGGUUUAGAUGAUGCUGAUGGUGCAGAGGAUGUACCUUUCGAUGAGCUUGUUGGCAUGCAGGGUCCAGUAUUCCACUUAGUUGAAAAUGCUUUUACUGUUUUGGCUAGCAAUAUGAUAUUCCUUGGUGUUGUAAUCUUCGUUCCCUUUUCAUUAGGACGGAUUGUACUCUAUUAUAUAUCAUGGUUAUUCUCUUCUGCAAGUGGUCCAUUGUUGUCAACUGUUAUGCCACUUACAGAUACUGCCCUCUCCAUAGCAAAUUUUACAUUGAAGAAUGCAUUAACUGCUGUUACAAAUUUGACAUCUGAAGACCAAGAUGGUGGACUUCUUGGCCAGGUUGCAGAUAUGUUAAAAGUAAAUGCAAGUGAAGUGAAUGAUGUCUCAAAGAACAUAAGCAAUCCAUUGUCAGCAGAGCUUGUAAAAGGGGCAGCUAUUGGCACAUCAAGACUUUCUGAUGUUACUACUCUUGCUAUUGGAUACAUGUUCAUAUUCUCUCUGGUCUUCUUCUAUCUUGGCAUUGUUGCUUUGAUUAGAUACACCAAGGGCGAGCCUAUGACUAUGGGGAGGUUUUAUGGUAUUGCUUCUAUAGCAGAAACAAUUCCAUCCCUUUUCAGGCAGUUCUUGGCAGCAAUGAGGCAUUUGAUGACUAUGAUAAAGGUUGCCUUCCUUCUGGUGAUUGAACUCGGUGUAUUUCCUUUGAUGUGUGGAUGGUGGCUGGAUGUUUGUACAAUAAGGAUGUUUGGGAAGUCUAUGGCUCAAAGAGUUCAAUUCUUCUCAGUUUCUCCUUUAGCAAGCUCUUUGGUUCAUUGGGUUGUGGGGAUUGUUUACAUGCUACAGAUAAGCAUCUUUGUCAGUCUUCUCCGUGGGGUUUUACGUCAUGGAGUUCUGUAUUUCCUUCGAGAUCCAGCAGAUCCAAACUAUAACCCAUUCCGUGAUUUAAUUGACGAUCCUGUGCACAAGCAUGCUCGCAGAGUUUUGUUGUCUGUUGCAGUUUAUGGAAGUUUGAUUGUGAUGCUGGUAUUCUUACCUGUCAAACUUGCGAUGCGGAUGGCACCCUCCAUAUUUCCAUUGGAUAUAUCGGUAUCUGAUCCAUUCACUGAACUUCCAGCUGACAUGCUUCUUUUCCAAAUCUGCAUUCCAUUUGCCAUUGAGCAUUUUAGAUUGCGGACUACAAUCAAGUCUCUCCUCCGCUAUUGGUUCACAGCAGUUGGCUGGGCUCUUGGUUUAACAGAUUUUCUACUGCCCAGAUAUGAGGACAAUGGUGGCCAGGACAAUGGUAAUCCUGAGCCAGGAAGGCAGGAUAGGCUGCAGGCAGCACAACUAGGUGGACAGGAUCGAGCUUUGGUGGCACUUGCAGCUGCUGAUGAUCCAAACGGAGGUCUUCUGGCAGCGGGAAACUCUAAUGUUGCUGAGGACUAUGAUAUUGAUGAACAAUCUGAUUCAGACAGGUACAGCUUUGUCCUUCGAAUUGUCCUUCUGCUAAUUGUGGCGUGGAUGACUCUACUCAUCUUCAACUCUGCCUUGAUAGUUGUACCAAUAACACUUGGCCGUGCCCUUUUCAAUGCAAUUCCUCUUCUCCCAAUAACUCAUGGAAUCAAGUGCAAUGAUCUUUAUGCUUUCAUAAUUGGAAGCUAUGCCAUUUGGACUGCUUUAGCUGGAGCUAGAUAUUCUUUUGAGCAUAUUAGAACAAAUAGGGCAACCAUUUUACUUGGUCAAAUUUGGAAGUGGUGCGGCAUUGUUCUCAAGAGCUCUGCGUUGUUAUCAAUAUGGAUUUUUGUUAUUCCAGUAUUGAUUGGACUGCUUUUUGAGCUUUUGGUGAUUGUGCCUAUGCGAGUGCCUGUGGACGAAAGUCCAGUUUUCCUUCUGUAUCAGGACUGGGCACUGGGACUCAUCUUUCUGAAGAUCUGGACCAGGCUGGUUAUGUUGGACCAUAUGAUGCCACUAGUGGAUGAAAGUUGGCGAAUAAAAUUUGAAAGGGUUAGAGAAGAUGGUUUCUCGCGGUUGCAAAGCCUUUGGGUCCUGAGAGAGAUUGUGUUCCCUAUAAUAAUGAAGCUACUAACAGCCCUCUGUGUACCUUAUGUGUUAGCAAGAGGUGUAUUUCCUGUACUUGGGUACCCAUUAGUAGUAAACUCUGCUGUGUACCGGUUUGCAUGGCUGGGAUGUCUCUGCUUCAGCGUGUUGUGCUUUUGUGCAAAGAGAUUCCAUGUUUGGUUCACCAACCUUCACAAUUCUAUACGUGAUGAUCGCUAUCUCAUUGGGCGUAGACUUCAUAAUUUUGGAGAAGAUAAAGAAGAGAGGGAAAACGAGGCAGGGACUUCCUCUGAAGUACAAAAUUCUAAUUUGCAAGGUGCUGAUUUGAUUCGAAAUGAUGGAGAAGUUGAAGUAGGGUUAAGGCUAAGGCGGGUUUAUCAACAGGAGGCUAAUUGACGAGGCAGCCACUAAUUGCAAUGAGGAACGCACGUCUACCAGUAGUAUAACUUGCAUGACGCAGAACCCAACCCACCAAGAUGCUAAUCUUCCACCUGUGUCUAUGAUUUGAACUCUUAAAUUAUGCAUAGCUGAAUAGACCCUUACCCUGAUGAAGUAGGGAAAUGGUGUUUAAUACAAAGCAAUGAUGCAAGGUUUGUUGCUGGAAUUUGCCUUGUUUGGCCAUAUUUGCAAAAGGGGAAGUUUCCUUUAUUGUUAGUGGCUAAGCGUGGAGUAGCACUUUUAGCAGUCAUAGGGGCUUAUUUUAAAUUUCUAUGUGCUCCCCUGGCCAACUGAGAUCUGUAUCCCCCACAGAUUGUGGGAAAUGUAUGCCCCGUAAUGUUUAGACAUUCUUCUAGUCCUUUGUUUUAUGUUGGCUUUAUGUUAGUGGCCAACACAUUUUUCCCUGUAAAGAUUACUUCAUUCCCAUAAAUUCAUGCUGAAUUUUGUUUGUGUUCCUUCAAAA